GAAAAAUUCAUCGGGUUUGGAAAGUUGCUCGGGAGCAGAAAGGGGAGGAGGGCAAGCAGCGUUCAACUCGUAGUUGUUCACAUUUUUGUUUUGUCGCUCGUACGCCGGACGCUCGGUUCGUUUUUUCUUUUGCCACUUUCCGUCCUUUACGCGCAUUGAAGGAAAUUGCGCUACCAUUAGCGCGCAGUACUUUCGAAACGUGCAAUAUACGGCAGUGAAGUAAGUUUUCGUAACUCGUGGCCCGUCAAAGUAAGCUGAAAAAUCGAUAGCUUUGACGACCUGUGGCUACUUACUAACUGGGCACGCAGUAGGCGCAGUGUUGCCUUUGCCGAUCGAACGUGGCCAUCGACGGUGUGUCAGCAGCCAGCGCAUCCAGCUUCAGCAUGUCGCAGAUGGGGCGCACCGUGAAGAAUCUGGAACCGGCUCGACCACUGAAAUCGACGCUAAAACAGUCGCAUGUCCAUUUGCCUGUCUAUGAAGUGCAAUCCAUCGAAGAGCUUAUUUCACUGACAGAAAAUGUGGCCGCAAGCCUGGCGAACGGGUGCAACAAUGCGGACGGCAUGAAUGCACUGCUUGCGAACCUGCGGCUCCACGGGCCGCAACUAGAGAACGUUUCGAAAGAUACGCUGGACCGUGCGUUUGUCAUUUUUCGAAAUGCGUCCCAAGACGAGCGGUUGAACAUAAUGACACGAUUGAACCUGCUGGAGCUGAUAGAGCUGCGCGCCAAAUCCUGGCAGGUGUCUGACGGUACAAAUACGUACUACAAACACAAAGCUACUAAUGUGGAGCCCGACGUUAUGGCCGACCCUAGCCUGCUGGGUUCCUCCCCUCCGCUCGGUCAGAUGGUACCGGCAUUAGCUCCGGGUGAGCUCAUUCGAACAUCCGGCAAGUUCCCGAAGCCAACAAAAAUUCCCGGCAAAACCUACUGCAAGGAUGAGAUCGUCAUACGCAAUGCCGAUUCCGGCAAAGUAAUGGGAAUCAAGGGACGUAGAGUUCACAUGAUUGAGGAACUGUCGGAAACUGUUAUAUCGUUCCAAAGAGUGGCUACCGGCGCCAAAGAGCGACUGGUGCAAAUCACGGGUCCGAACGAAGAUAAGAUCAACUAUGCGAAACAGUUGAUCGAAGAUACCAUCCGUCGGAACGCUUCGCCCGUGCGUUUGGACAACUCGCAGGAUGGGUCCUGUAGUUCUCUGGCGUCAUCUGCUUCAGAUGAAACGGUCCCGAGAAAGGACACAGGAUCCUCCAACACACGAAACUCACUGGUUGGCGGAAUGGUCGAUAUUGCCGGUAGCGGUACAAACGGUAUGGCCUUCAUGGGGAACCAGCACUCCAUGCAACCGGCAACGGCGACCGGUUCGCUCAGCCUGAAUCUCAGCGGCUAUUCACAAACGCAGCCAUCAUCCUACACCCAUGCGAAGCUGUCGCGAAAUGGGUCUCAAAACAAUGGCCAGCGGAACAGUAAUUCCGGUAUGCUGCUCCACAGCUUCUCGUCCAACGAUGCGUCGCUUGGCGAGUACAAGUAUACCGUCAACGUGGGCCAACACAAUCUUAAAAUUACCGGAGAUUGCUUGGAGCUAGUAAAGGUGGCCAAACUAGUCCUCGAUGACUAUUUUAGCAGCAACGAAUUCCUGGCGUCGGUAGAUAUGUGUACAAGCUUCGAUCUACCGAACUCACUCUCGUCCCCGGUGGGCAUCGUGCCCGGACCACACUCGCUGAUCACGGGGUCACCGUUCGUGGAUAGUGGCGUUGGUCUGAACACGAUUGGGGCCAGCGUUGGCGAGAUGGGCAACUACUUGGAACCGGACGAUGAUGUGUUUAUCGUUGAACCCGGGGCGACCCUCAAGGCGAACGAUGCUCAGAAUAACAACGUCAUCGGAGCCGGCGCAAACAAUGGAUUGAGCCGAUCCCGUCGAAGCCACUUCUCGCGUAAGGACAGUGCCGGAGACGGACUGAAGGACGCAUCGGCGGCAGCCGCCAGUAAGUCGGAUUCGAAUCCGGUGAAACGAAUCGAAUAUGAACGGCUGAUUUACUACUCGAAGUCUCCGUACUCGUGGGAACUACCAGCUGACUGGAAGCGUAUAUGUGAAAUUCUUCCUUAUUUGGCAAAAAAUAAGGUAAGGGACUGUGCUCACGCUAAGGCUGGUGAUGGCGAUGCUGACGCGGCGGAUAUCGAAAAUCAAAAAAACCGUUUUAACGGUGACCAAUUUUUGGAAAUGAAAAAGCAAACAGCGAAGGAAGUGUUGCAGGGCAACAGCCUCGCCGAUGGCGAAGGAGAAGCUGAAGCACCCGCCAAUGGUGGUGGCGAAGGAGUAUCCAGUGUAUCCACCUCCGGUGGCAUCGAAGAUAAAGGAGUAUUCGCGGUCAUCACGACGACGACGCAGGUCGCUGCUUAAGAUCCGUGCGAUACCCACCGAAAGCGGGGGUAUACGAUGCGAUGUGACUGUUUUCGAAUAUUUACGACGAAGGUGACGACGAAUAAGUAACCAUUCAUUAUAUCCUAAUCAUACAGCAUUCGCUAACACAUACAAACCAACAUGGGCAGCGCCAACUUGGUUUAAGCCUUUCGAACGACGAUAUUAUUUAGCUGCUAAUCAAUCAUCAACUAACUCACUGUUCACACUCACUUCAAUCUUAAAGAAAUUAAACCUUUUUACAUUUGAUUUGACCAUCCAAUUGGAUCUACUUUUGAUUAGCUCAUUAGAUUAUAAUUCAAAAAGUCUAGCAUCAUGCAACUGUUCCUGCCUUUUCGGUGAGGGACAACAGAAUCAACAACUGUGCGAGAGAGGAGGUUGCAAGGCAAGCUCAACCGAUCGAACCCGAUGCUCCCCCGAGUCGACCGGUUUUACCCCGACCGUUUGAUUCUGGGCGGACAUCGUGUGACCACCGGUGGUAAGAUAACGUGUAGUGGAGUGAUAUUUUUGAAAUGUGGUUUUAUUUACCAAAAAGAUGCGAAGCGAAAUAUGCAACAAAUGGUGAUACAGCGCAGCGUAACUCGUACUGACACUAUAUAAUCUAUUUAUCCUUCUGCUGCUGAACCGGGAGGACAUUCUUAAGUUACGCACCUACUCAUCAAUGUUAGAAGUACAUGUUUCACAUAACAAACCGUUAAGGUGUAUUAUUAAUUUUCUAGUCUCAGAGAAAGUGAAAAAAGAUACGAUCUUACGUGGACACCACACACUAGCCGACUGGCCACAGCGGCGGAACCCACGAGCUGCUAAUGCAUGAUGUGUGCAGGGCUUUACGAAUUUCGGUUCCUAGUUUCAAAUGACCAUCCAAAUGGGAACUGUAGUAUGGAAUUGAUUGAAUUUUUGCUUCGUUUUUCUUUCGACCCUUUCGUGGUGGAGUCAAACGUUUUUUUUAUUUAUUAAUAACUUAUAUAUUUAUUAUUUACUCAAAGUUUUUGUUACUACCAUUGUUCCGUUUUUUUCUUCUUACAUUUAAUCUGCCGAUAUGCACCGCGCUAUUGAAAUAAGCGGAUAAAGGACUAAAUAUGUUUUGCGAAAAACAUAUCAAUAUGGGCUUUUACUUUCACGAACAGAACGGAGGCAGAUCCGAUACAGUUUGAGUAUGAAAUAUAUUUUACUUAUCACUACUCCAAUGUAUUCUAACGAAAAACAAAACAUGGAUAAUAAAAACAUUUUCUAGUACUUAAUCUCUUCUUCC